AAUGUUUAUUAUAUAAGUAGCUAUCUCGAUUGAACUUAUGAAUAUCAUCUCUCUUUCCCACUCUUAUAUUUCUAUUUGUUAAUAGCCUUUAAAAUUUAGAAUGGAGACGAAAAUGGUGGUGGAAAAGGCUGAUCUAACCGCAUUUGAAGGUGAUAGUGGUGGAUACUAUAUAUGGUCAAAUGCAAAAACACCGUUGUUAAGCGAGUUAAAACUCGCUGCCGGAAAACUUCUUCUCCACCCUCUCGGCUUUGCUCUUCCUCACUAUGCCGAUUCCAACAAAAUUGGCUUGGUUCUUGAAGGUACUAUGACAGUUGGGUUGGUGCCACCAAAUAGUCCAGAAGAAAAGGUUUUGUUGAUUAAGAAAGGGGAUGCAAUUCCACUCUCAGCAGGGGUGGUUUCAUGGUGGUUUAACGGUGGCGACACCGAUGCAGUCAUUGUAUUCUUGGGUGACAGCAGCAAAGCCCUGGUCCCUGGCCAAUUCGCUUACUUCUUUGUGGCUGGAGUUCUGGGACUUUUAGCUGGCUUUCAAUCCGACUUCGUUGGUAAAACCUUUGGUCUGGACGAAAAGGAAUCGGAAGAUGUAGUAACAAGCCAACAAGGUGCAUUGCUUGUUAAACUUGAUCAAGGGAUCAAAUUCCCAGAACCAAGUAGUCACACCAAAGGUAAAUUAUAUGCCAACUUUGACGAUGUAUCGGGUAAGGUUGUUGUGAAAUGUGGUGGAACUAUCAGUUCCUUGACAAAAAAGAACUUGCUGGUGCUCAGUGAGAUUGGUUUAAGUGCAAAGUUUGUGAAAUUGGAGGGCAGUGCUAUGUUGGCGCCGAGUUAUGUUGCUGAUGGAUCGUUCCAGAUAUGUUACGUCGGUAAGGGAAGUGGUCGGAUUAAGGUUGUGGGUAGCGAAGGAAAGCCUGCAUUGGACAGUAAAGUUGAAGAAGGUGACUUGUUCAUUGUUCCUCAAUUCUAUGCUCUUGGAGAGAUUGCUGAUGAUUGUGGAUUGGAGGUUUUCUCCGUCAUAACUUCUUCAAAACCUGUUUUUGGACACCUAGCUGGAAAUACAUCAGUAUGGAAGGCGUUGGAUCCGGUGGUUUUACAGGCGACUUUAAAUGUUACUCCAGAAUCCGAAGAACUUUUCAAGUUGAAGAAUUCAGAAGACAUCACAAUUGUCCCUCCAAGUGGAUAGCGUUUCAGGGGCCAUAAUAAAAUAAAACAUUCCUCGUAUUUGUGAUUGAUAUUUUAUGACAUUCAAUAAGCCAAGAAGCCCGUGCAUGUGUUACUUCAAUAUUUACGUGACUUGUUUGUAAACAAAUUAUGUGAAACCGACUAGAUGUCAUAUGAUAUUAAGGUGUGUGGUUUGAUUUGUUUUA